CACGCGUGCCUCGACGAUUCCUCUGAGUCCUACCAAGUAGCGUCCUCAGUUGUCCAACAAGUUGCGCGUACGCGGGAUGGCACCAAGUGAAAAGGUUCAGAAAACUGGCGGCAAAGACAUCCGCUCGUUUUUUGGAGGUGGACAUGAGAAGGUUCAACCGUCACCCUCGUUGGAGAAGGAUUCUCAAGGUUCCAAAACUACUACAGUGGCGAAGAAGUCGGCGUCAACUAAACCGUCUGGAAGCAAGCCUCGAGCAUCUGUGGCCAACGAGGAUGUCAUUGUGAUUGAUAGCGAUGAAGGUUCUGCCCCAAAGAAGAAAUCAGCUAAACGUAAAUCUACGGCCGUUAUUUCCAGUGACGAAGAUGAUCCACUGCCCAAGAAGAAGAAGCCAACAGUCGCAUCUGUUUCUCAGCCGAAGCCGCGACCCUCCGUCUCUCAGAAACCAAAGGAUGAGGAUCCUGUGGUGAACGUUAACGGCACAAAACGCAAGAAGUCCGCGGUCAUGCUAUCUAGUGGUUCGGAAGACGAGCAACCUAGCUCGCCCAGGAAGAAAGUCGUUGGAGUGUCUUCUAAACCUGCGAAAGCAAAAGCGCCUCCCAAAACAAAGAAAGACAAAAACCAACCUUACGAAGAAGAGGAUGACGAAGACGCUUAUCUACUUCCCUCAAAAUCAAAAUCCAAGGUUCCUCCUCCCAAAAAAUCCGUCCCGAAGAAAGAGGGACAUGAAGACCAGACCACAUACACCACCAAUCAACCAAAGAAGUCCAACUGGGCUGCCGUCAAAGCCGCCAAACUUGCAGGUCCCGUUGCUCAUGGUACGAAGGAAGUACCGGAUGGCUCACCUGAGUGUUUGGCUGGUUUGUCGUUUGUAUUUACGGGGGAGUUGACUGCAUUCUCGCGUGAGGAAGCUGUUGACCUCGCCAAGCGUUUUGGGGGGAGAGUUGUCGGCCAACCUUCCUCAAAGACAGACUAUGUCAUUCUUGGUGAGGGAGCAGGUCCGAAGAAGUUAGAAGCCAUCAAGAAGCAUAGUCUGAAAACUAUCGACGAAGAUCAAUUUUUGAAUUUGAUCGCGACCCGGAAACCUCACGGUGGAAAAAUCGAUGAGAAAACUAAGAAGAAGAUGGAAAAGGAGGAGCAAGAGAUUAAGAAAGCCGCCAAGGAAAUGGAGAAGAGGGAGAAGGAGGCUACGAAGGAGGGUGCUAAAACGUCUUCAGGUGCUCAAAAUAGUGGAACUAGUGUCUGCAAACCUAUUGAUCCUUCAAUGCAACUUUGGACGACGAGGUAUGCACCCCAAACCCUUAAAGAGGUAUGUGGGAAUAAAGACAAGGUCGAAAAAUUGCAGACAUGGCUGAAUGAGUGGCCUAACAGUUACAAAUCUGGCUUUAAGAAACCCGGAAAGAACGGCAUGAAUAUGUAUCGAGCUGUUCUUAUCACCGGCUCCCCUGGGAUAGGAAAGACUACCAGUGCACAUCUGUGCGCCAAGUUGGCCGGAUAUACGCCCAUCGAGUUAAAUGCUAGUGAUACUCGUAGUAAAAAACUCGUCGAAAAUGGCAUGAACAUCAAUAAUACCUCGUUGGAUGGGUUCAUUUCCGGAGGCAAAGCCACCAAUUCAGUUGGAGUAGCAUUAACAGAUCGGUCUUGCUUGAUCAUGGAUGAAGUAGAUGGAAUGUCUGCCGGUGAUCGAGGUGGUGUUGGUGCAUUGAACGCUUUGAUUAGGAAGUCCAAGAUACCCAUCAUCUGUAUUGCCAAUGACAAGAAUGCUCAGAAGCUCAGACCACUCCAAAGCACGACAUAUGGAUUAUCUUUCUCCAAGCCUCAAGCUGCUGGGAUACGGUCAAGAAUACUAACCAUCGCUUUUAAGGAAGGCAUGAAAGUGCCUGCUCCCGUUAUAGACCAACUCGUCCAGGGAUCGCAGUCUGACAUAAGGCAAAUUCUCACCAUGUUGUCGACUUGGAAGUUAUCGAGUAACACCAUGGAUUAUGAUGAAGGGAAGGCAAUGUCAAGGAUGAACGAGAAAUAUAUUAUCUUGAGUCCGUUUGAUAUUACUACGAAAGUUCUAGGACCAUAUCUGUUCUCCGCGACCUGUCGAGAGACUUUAGGAGAAAAGAUGGAAUACUAUUUUCAAGAUCAUUCGUUUGUCCCGUUGUUCAUCCAGGAAAACUAUCUUCGUGCCGAGCCGACAAGGAUAAAAAACGAGACAGGGCCGGACAAGAUUUUGAAGCAACUCCAGCUAAUGGACAAGGCUGCAUCGUCAAUAUCAGACGGUGACCUCGUUGAUGGCUUGAUCCAUGGACCUGAGCAACACUGGUCGUUGAUGCCGCUCCAUGCAGUAUGUUCGACUGUCAGACCUGCAUCAUUCGUGUAUGGAUACGGUGUCCAUUUCGGUGGGCCAGGAGGUAUAAGCUUCCCGCAGUGGUUGGGGCAGAAUUCCAAACAAAAUAAACUCAACCGCCAGUUGACCGAUGUUCAAGCACGUAUGCGCCUGAAAGUAUCGGGAGACAAGCCGGAGAUAAGACAGGCGUAUAUCCCGGCUCUGUUCCCACAUAUUGUGCAACCGCUUGCUGACGAUGGGCAGAGUGCCAUUUCUCAAGUUAUUGAGCACAUGGAUGAGUACUAUUUGUCGAGAGAGGAUUGGGACACGAUUGUGGAGUUAGGUGUUGGCGACAAGAAGGACGAUUUGGUGCUGAAAAAGAUCCCGGGACCAGUGAAGGCAGCAUUCACGAGGAAGUAUAAUUCCAUGGAACACCCCAUAGCGUUCCACAAGGCGCAGGAUUUCAAAGCACCCAAGAAGUUGGUUGCUGACCAGACACCGGAUUUGGAGGAGGCGUUUGACGUCGAUGAAGUACCUGAAGUCUCUGAAGAGGAGAAAGACACGGAUGACGUCGCUAAGGAUAAGCUCAUACAAACGAGUAAGAAGAAGGCUACGAAAGGGAAAGCAAAGUCGUAGUUACUGUGGUUACUGUUUGAAUAAUCGUCUUGUUAUAUUUUUCAAAUUUUUUUGUUUUGGCCCGACGCA